AUGGAGCUAUCAAAGAUAUUCAGAUUCCAAUCCUUCGUACCUUUCUCUCCUAUAAACAACAGCCCUUUCAAAAAUCAACUACUCAACCAUAAACCAAAAGCAACGAAAUUAACAAUCACUGCAGCGAGAAAAGCACCUAUUGAAGGGGUUAGCGACGAGUUGAAUGAUAUAGCUUCUUAUAACCUUGAUUUUGCAUACUCUCGAAGAACAGUUCGUGCUGCUUUUACUCAGGUUCAACAACAGCUUGAUCAUUGCUUGUUUAAGGAUGCUCCUGCUGGAAUUAGAACAGAAGAAUGGUAUGAAAGGAAUUCUAGAGGAUUGGAAAUUUUCUGCAAAAGCUGGAUGCCAGAGGUUGGAACUCCAAUCAAGGCUUCUGUUUGUUUUUGUCAUGGAUAUGGUGAUACUUGUACAUUCUUCUUUGAAGGUGUAGCUAGGAGAUUUGCUGCCUCCGGGUAUGCUGUUUUUGCUAUGGACUAUCCAGGCUUUGGACUUUCAGAAGGAUUACAUGGUUACAUACCUAAUUUUGAUGACCUUGUUGACGAUGUUAUAGAGCAUUAUACACAAAUAAAAGCAAGGCCUGAUAUGAGAGAAUUACCUCGAUUUCUGUUGGGACAGUCGAUGGGUGGGGCAGUUUCACUAAAAGUUCAUUUGAAGGAGCCAAAUAAUUGGGAUGGAGUGGUACUUGUAGCACCAAUGUGUAAAGUAAUCUCAUUCCUCCUAUCUAUUUCUACCAAUUCUCAUCAAGCUCUGAUCGCAGGCGAUGUGUUACCACCAGAUACAGUUAUGAAGGUGUUAACUAUUUUGUCAAAAGUGAUGCCGAAGGCAAAACUCUUCCCAAACCAAGACCUAGCUGAACUGGCCAUCAGAGAACCGAGCAAAAGAAAAUUGGCUGUUUACAAUGUUAUUUGUUAUGAGGAUAAUCCACGACUGAGAACUGGCAUGGAACUUUUAAGGAUCACAAAAGAAAUUGAGUCACAAGUAGAGAAGGUGUCAGCACCAUUAUUUAUUCUUCAUGGAGCUGCAGACAAAGUUACCGACCCUUUAGUGAGUCAAUUUCUUUAUGAAAACGCAUCUAGCAAGGAUAAGACUUUAAAGCUAUAUGAAAAUGGUUACCACUGCAUUUUGGAAGGAGAACCUGAUGAUAGAAUAGAUGCUGUACAUGAUGAUAUUGUCUCAUGGCUUGAUUUUAGGUGUUCCAUUAGUUGA